GUCAUCUGUUCCACUUACCGUAAAUAGUGCCAUAGCUGAAAGUAAUGAAGUUAAUCUUGAGACCAACAAGGAAAUUAUCACAGCUAGUCAAAAAACACAAGAAAAUGCUAAAGAAAAAGAGGAAGAGGGGUUCAAAACAAAUAAAAGGAAAAAAAUUUCAGAAGUGUGGAAUGAUUUUGACACAAUUGAUGGAUCAAAGAAAGCCAAAUGUAAACAUUGUCAAUCCCUUUUUACAUUGGGUAAAUCAGGGCCCACAUCAAGUCUUUUGAGGCAUAGAUUACAUUGUGUGAAGAGAAAAAUUUAUUUGCGAGAAGCUGAACAACAAACAAAGUUGAAUUUUUUGCCCACUGAUUCAGCUUCACCAUCCAUUCUUACUUUGCAUUCUGGAAAAUUUGACAUGGAACAAAUGAGGGAGGCAGCUGCUCAUUGGAUUAUGAUGCAUGAACAUCCAUUCACCAUUCUUGAUGAAGAGGGGUUCAAUUUAAUGAUGAGGCGUGGAAUGCCUGAAUGGCAAAAAAUUAGUAGGACGACAUGUAGAGCAGAUUGUAUGAAAAUUUAUGAGAUUGAGAAAAAGAGGUUGAAGAAAAGUCUUGAAUGCAUUGAUAAAAUAAGUUUGACAACAGAUUGUUGGAAGUCAAAGACUCAAAAAAUUGAAUACAUGGUUGUCACUGGGCAUUGGAUUGAUUCUUGUUGGAAUUUGCAAAAGAGAGUUUUAAGUUUCAUUAACAUUCCACCACCAAGGGGAGGUCUUCAAAUUUCUGAUGCCAUUUUUAAGUGCAUGAAAGAGUGGGGCAUUGAAAACAAGGUUUUCACUAUUACUGUUGAUAAUGCUUCAAGUAAUGAUUUGGCCAUUCGAUACAUGAAAGAUACCAUUCAAAGAUCUAGAACAUUGGCAUGUGAAGGAAAUUUAUUUCAUAUUCGUUGUUGUGCACAUAUCUUGAACUUGUGCGUUCAAGAUGGGUUGAGGGAGAUUGAAGAUAUUAUUAGUAAUAUAAGGGAAAGUGUAGAAUAUGUAAAUCGUUCAGAGGCAAGACGUAUGCAAUUUACAGAGUGUGUGCAACAAUUGCAGUUGAAGGAUAAAAGAUUGAUUCGUGAUUGCAAAACUAGGUGGAACUCAACUUUUGAAAUGUUAAGUUGUGCACUCAAGUUCAAAGAAGUUUUUCAAAUGUUCAAAGAACGUGAUCACUUUUAUGGUUGCUGCCCUCAAGAAGAAGAAUGGAAUAAAGCUCAAAAGAUUUGCUCACUGUUGGAGGCUUUUUGGACAGCCACACACAUUAUUUCAGGUAGUGAGUAUCCUACUUCAAAUUUAUUUCUUCAGGAAGUUCAAAAAAUAAAGUCAUCAUUGGAUACUUAUGCACAACAUGAAGAUUUGUUUCUUAAGCAACUGGCUAGUAAAAUGAAAGAAAAAUUUGACAAGUAUUGGGGUGAUUGUAAUCUAUUGAUGGCUAUAGCUGCUGUGUUAGAUCCAACCAAAAAAAUGCUUGCUGUUGAGUUUUGCUUCCCUAAGCUUUAUUCUGAAAUAGAUGCCUCUAAGCAUAUCUCAAAAGUUAAGGAGAUAAUUAAUUCUCUUUAUGAAAAGUAUGUUGCUGAAGAAACUAAUAAAGGAGCGCCUCAUCCAUCUGAGUCUGAGAGUUUUGGUUCUUCAAGUGUUAAAAGAAAUCAACAAAGUUCUGUGUAUAGUUGGGAUGAUUUUGAUGACUAUUGUGCAAAAGUUGAAACUUCGGAGACUAAGAGAUCUGAAUUGGUAGAUUAUCUUGAAAAGGGUCGUCUUAAGAAGAAUGAGAUUCCUAAAAUAUUUUCGUGUUUAGAAUGGUGGAAGAUGAAUAGAAUGCAAUAUCCAAUAUUGUCAAAGAUGGCAGCUGAUAUUUUAGCUAUCCCAGUGAGUUCAGUGGCUUCAGAAGCAACAUUUAGUGCAGGGACGAGAGUUAUUGAUUCUUAUCGUUCAUCACUAUCUCCGGACACAGUGCAAGCUCUUCUAUGUGGGGGUGAUUGGCUUCGAAAGAUACAUGGACUGAAAAAAAAGACUAAAAAAGAGAAAACUUACCAGGAAAUUUUUCUUCCAGUAUCUACCUCUUAAAUGCAGGUGAUAUAACUGAGAAUUUGAGAUGAAGGAAGAUAUUGAACGUGGCAAAAAUUUGAUAUUUUGAGCAGCUAAUCAAUUUGGAUUUUGGAAUAUCAUCUAUGUUGGUCAUUAUGUUUUGAUGUUCAGUAAUUUGACUUUUUAUUGGAGAAACAGAUAAUUAUAUUUUGAUCAAUUUUAUGGAUGAAGAUGAUACUGAACAUUGUAGAAAAUUGAUAUUUUGAGCAGGUUUAGAUUUUGGAAUAUCAUGCUUUUGGGUUUAGUGUAAAACUGUAAA